GCCCCGACAAGUAGUAACCAUUGGUGGUGGGGUUGGCUCUGGGCUCUGUGAUUGGGGCACGGUGGACGCCAGUCACUACCGAGGCUGGCAGAAGGGUACGUUGCAAGGAGCACGAUGUUGACCUACUAACACAGAUCUCUGGCGGCGGCGGCAGCGGCGGCGGCGCGGUGGUGGUUCCCCGCUGUAGCAGGCUGGUAGACCCCUCCCAUCACUCCUCCUCUACCGCCACCCAACCCCCCCCAUCCCCCGCCUGCGCCCCUCUCUCCGACCCCAGGAAGUGCUGCAACUGGCUGUCUCCUCUGUGUCGCGCUACCAGCGUGCGGGCCUGCCCCGGAGGUGGGAGCGAAGCCCCAAGCGAGCCACUUCUCUUCAGAUCCUUUGAUGCUGCCCCUCAGCCCCCCAUCCCCCCUACUCCAGCACACACAGCAGUACCCAAGCCUCACUCAACCCUGCCCAGCCUCUAUCCUCAUCUAGAGCUGAGGCUAAGAGUCGGGUGUUGUGUUGUGUUCUCUGGUUCACUUGCGACUUUCCGGGGAGACCUCUUCUCGUUUUUGUUGCGUUUUCUGCCCCUCCCACAACAUUCUCCGGGCCAAGAUGAAAAUGAAAAAGAUCACUUAGAAGACUUCCACUAUAUUUAGCAAGAAGAGUAUAUGUGUUCUUACCUUUUGCAAUAUGAAACAAAAAGAGGAAUGCUGAUGGAUAUAAAAUUACAAUUUUUAAAGAAUUGUGGUUUGAAAAAUACUAGAGAUAUAAUUUGUCCUGCAACAGAAGAUAAAAAAAAGAUUUAGUUAAAGUUAUUUCUGAUGCAGCUAAGAAAAAUGCAGGCCAUUAAAAAGGAGCAGGCACUUGUUGAUACAAGUAGAAAUGCGGACAAAAUGGUAGUACUUAACUCUGCUCUAACUGAAGUAUCCGAAGACUUGAAUACAAAUGAAGAUAUAUUACUUAAUGAAGGAGUUGGUGGAAAAAACAAAUCUUCAGCUUGCCGGAGAAAACGAGAAUUCAUUCCAGAUGAAAAGAAAGAUGCUAUGUAUUGGGAAAAAAGGCGAAAGAAUAAUGAAGCUGCCAAAAGAUCUCGUGAGAAACGUCGGCUGAAUGACCUGGUUUUGGAAAACAAAUUAAUUGCAUUGGGAGAAGAGAAUGCUUCUUUAAAAGCGGAACUGCUCUCACUAAAAUUAAAAUUUGGUUUAAUUAGUUCUACAGUGUAUGCUCAGGAGAUACAGAAACUCAGCAAUUCUACAGCUGUGUAUUUCCAAGACUAUCAAACAACCAAAUCAAAUGUUAGCUCAUUUGUGGAUGAACAUGAAACUUCUAUAGUGGGAAGUAGUUGCAUUUCUGUCAUUAAACACUCUCCUCAAAGCUCUUUGUCUGAUGUUUCAGAAGUGUCAUUAAUAGAGCAUUCUCAGGAGAGUCCUAUUCAGAACAAUUGCAGAAGUCCUCAGAAUAAGUUCCAAGACAUAAAACAGGAACCCAUGGAAUUAGAGAGCUAUACAAGAGAGUCAAGAGAUGAUAGAGGUUCUUAUACAGCAUCCAUUUAUCAGAACUACAUAGGAAAUACCUUUUCUGCUUAUUCUCACUCACCUCCUCUCUUGCAAGUCAAUCGAUCCUCCAGUAAUUCACCAAGAACAUCAGAAACUGAUGACGGUGUGGUAGGCAAGUCAUCUGAUGGAGAAGAUGAGCAACAAGUCCCCAAAGGCCCAAUCCAUUCCCCGGUUGAACUUAAAAGCAUACAUGCAACAGUUGUUAAAGUCCCAGAAGUGAAUUCUGCACUACCACAUAAGCUUCGGAUUAAAGCCAAAGCCAUGCAAAUAAAAGUGGAAACAUUAGAUAAUGAAUUUGAUGCCACACAGAAACUCUCCUCACCUAUUGAUAUGUCAUCAAAGAGACAUUUUGAACUUGAAAAGCAUGAUACACAAAAUUUGGUACAUUCUUCCCUUACGCCUUUCUCCGUGCAAGUGACUAAUAUUCAAGAUUGGUCACUCAAACCAGAACAUUGGCAUCCAAAAGAACUCAAUGGCAAAAUUCAGAAUAGUUGCAAAACUGGAGUUAUUGAAAUUAAAGACAAUGUCUACAAUGUCUCUGACUCAGAGAACUUGUAUUUAAAACAAGGAAUAGCAAACUUAUCUGCAGAGGUUGCUUCACUUAAAAGACUUAUAACUACACAACAAAUUUCUGCUUCAGACUCUACUUAAGUUACUACUGAAUUUGUUUUAAAGAUGUCAUUUGCAGUAGAUCAACUUGUUUUGUAUUAUGCUGAAUUUUCACUGGACUUGUGAGGUCAUUUCACUGUAAUGUUCACAUGUUGUCUGAUAGGUGUCUUUUAGUGCACAAAUUAUUAUGAAGAUUAGAUUGUGUAAUGAUCACUAUGCCUUGUGUAUAGUCAAGUAGCCUGUGCAAAGGCUAAAUAUAGAACAUUAUUUUUUGUUGUUCAAUUAUUAAGUGUGCAAGUUACCGCUUACAAUAAAGUAUUGGUGACAAA